GUCCUUGACAUCUUCCGAGGAUCCUCAAGAGAGUCAAACAAGAAAGGCCAAAGGUCAGGUCACAGGGAGCUAAUGAUCCGGUGAAGUGCCUGGCUACGGUGAAUGCCUCUACGAACAAGGCAAUAUCCGUCCGUUUAUUUCGUGGCGCGACGCGAUUCAGUCGAACCAGCCUGAACAUACCUGACCUAGCCGAGCAAAUCCAGCGGAAGGUACACAACCCCAGCAACCUCAGAACAACCAGUAUAUAAGCCCCAAUGCAUCCUACUCCGGCAAUCCUCUACCAAAACCCAGCCCCAAAAACUUAGCUAGCUCAUCCUCAACCUGCACCAAAAUGUCCACAGCCGAAAUCAAAUACCCCCUGGAGGGCAACACACGAAUCGAAAUCGAGGUGAGCAAAGUACUCGACGACGCCAUGAUCCCCAACUUCAUCUGGGGUCAAGGCGUGCAUCUCAUGAUGGGCAUCAAAGAUAAAUGGGAUACACCGGGCUGGGUAGUGCGCGACAAAGACAUCCAACUAGCCGCACAUGUGUUGAGUUGUACCUUCCACAUCGGAAAGCCCUAUUCCGCACGCAAGCCCGAGGAAAGAAAGACCCCCACGCCGGGCGAAUACUGCUUCGAAUACGGAGUGUUCGGGGUGCAAGAGAUCCAUCUUCACAAGAAGAGUAGUCGAUGUCCCAGUUUCCCGGACCCUCCUCUAGAUAAUCCGGGCAAGAAUGACCAGUAUUACAUGCUCACUUCGGAUAGACGUCUACCGGUGUCGCGUAUUGUCCAGGUGCGCGAUAUGCCGGAGGAGAAUUACUAUCCCGUGAAGAUGCCCGUGCCGGCGAGAUACGUGGAGAAUCUUGUCCUGUUCUGCGCGUGGAAUCUGGCUGUGGUGGAUAUUCCGGAUCCUUAUUAUGAUACGUUGGUUUAUCUGGCGAGGGGGAUGGGUUUGGAUAGUACGAAUUAUUCGUAUGUCGAGCCGAAGGAGUUGCAACCGCCGUUUGAUCGGUUCAUGAAGAUACUGGAUCUUGAUGCUAGUAGGCAUGGCGAGGAGGGUCUGAAGAGUGAUCUGUGUCAUCGCAGGUCUUAUCGAUUUCUGUGUGAGAUUCUUAUGGCGUUGAGGAAGAUGAGGCAAGUGCAGCGGGAUAUGGAUGAAUCGCUGCGCUAUUGGCCGCCGAUGGAACGGGGGCUGGAAGCUAAAUGUGAGGCUAUGGAUUUGGAAUAUGAGGAUCUGCAGGACCCGGACGAGACGCCCAUGCUUCAUCAUGAUUUGGUUGCGGCGUUGGCUAGUAGGAAGUGGAGGUAUUCUCCGGUUGAGUGUGCUAGCACGUAGCUUAAAUUGACUAUGAUAUACUUGGGAGAACCGCAAUGGCUAG